CGUACGAUAUGUAAUAUCAGAGAGACGAGGGAAGCUUUCUUCUCUCUGAUAACACAAAAAGUCAGUCUCUCAUCACGGAUUACGGAUUUAGAAUUUUAUCGGCGAUCGCCAUCGAGUAUCCGUAAACUGUCUCGCCGAAGUAUGUGCAUUUGACGCGCGUUUCUUUGCAGCGUUGGAAAAUUGCGAUCGGUGACGAAGCGACCUAAAUAUGAGCAACGACGUAUUACCCUUCUGACACUUUGAGCAACACCAGAUAAAAGUGCAUAAUGUCAAGUGUAUAUGAGAAGCCAUCGGAUACAAUGGAAGGCAGCCUUCCUGAAGCUGCAAUACACACGAAAGAAACAUGUGAACAGAAUAAGAAUCAAUUGGAAUCUCUCAAGGAAAUUAUGAUGAGGAAUCAACAAAGUUUAAAAAAGAAAGAGGAGGAAGUCCAGGAAUAUGCACGAAGAUUAUCAAAGAUUAAAUCCAGAGCCAAACUGUCACGUCAUAAUAAAGAAGGAAAUUCAUCAUCUAAAGACACAAUACAUUUGCAUAAGACUGAAUCUGCAGCAAAGGAUACAACAGAUGAUGCAAUCGAUGAUAUAAGUCAAGCAAAAACCCCAAAGGCAAAAUCUUCUUUACUUCAACGAAAAUUGGCGGAAAAUAGGAAAGCGUUUGAGCAACGUAAUAAGGAAUUGACGGAAACAAAACGAGUAAUGGAAGAGAAAGUGGAAGCUAUUAGGCAACAAUUAGACGAAACAGAUUUAGCAACAGAAGUACACAAGGAUCAAUUGGCUGUUACACCAAUUAAGCCUUUUGUGAUCACUUCAGAUAUGAUGACACCAAUUCAAAUUGAGGACAUUCAAGAGAAAGAGAAAAAAAUUAUGGAUCUAAAUAGCAAAAUUGUCGAAUUGGAAGCUACCAUUCUAGACCUUCAAGAAAAUUUAAAAGAGAAAGAUUCUGUAAUUGAUUCCAAAACGAAGGCGGUGACUCUCAUGUCCGCGGAUCUUUCUAAGAAGGGUAAAACGACAUUGGACACUCUCGAAGAUACGAAAGACGAAAUGCGAACAAUGCAGGAAAAUUUUAUCCUGAUAGAAACUUCUUUGAAAGAUAAGAAUAACAAUCUGUUGAAACAAUUGCAAGAAAGAGAUAAUAAAAUAUCGGAAUUGGAACACACAAUUAAUAGAUUUGAAGAGCAGCUUAAAGAACAGAAAAUAGCUGAAUCAGCAAGUGCGGAUUUUUCGCGUUCCACUAUGGACACUUUAGCGGAGACUAAAGACGCGAUGAAAUCGAUGCAAGAAAAUUUCGUUCUUAUUGAAUCCUCAUUGAAGUUGAAGAAUGAUAAUCUUCUUCAGCAAUUAGGGGAGUAUGAAGUGAAAUUGGUGGAAGCCAGAGAAAGAAUUUUUCAAUUAGAAUCGGACGCCGGUAUAGUGACAACACCGGCAGUCAAGGAUUUACAAUUUAGAAUAGAGAAAUUAGUGCAAAAUAAUCGACAGCUUCUUGAUGAAAAGUACCAAUUGCAAAAAAAUGUGGCCGAGUUGCAAGAUAAAAUUAUUGCUAAGAAAUCGGUUCAAAAUAAUGAUGCAAUUAUUGAAAAAGAUAAUAAAAUAGCAGAGCUUGAAAAUUUAAUAGAAGAACUUAAACAAUCAAACGAAUUGCUAAAAGAAGAAUCAAAGGCAGAGAUGCAGAAACAAGUGACUGAAUUGUCAUCUAGAAACGGAGAAUAUUCCAACAAGAUUAUCGAUCUCGAAAAGCAAGUGCAUAAAUUGGAAGCGGAGAAGAACGACAUGAUAGCAAAAUUGUCAGUCGAGCGAACAAUACUUAAGAAAGAUGAUACAAUGAUUAAGUUGACAAAAGAAUUGGAGGAUUUAAAUAAAAGCAUGAUCAAAUUAAAGGCCCAACACAGAAGUAAAGUGAAAAAUCUGCAAAAACAAUUGGAGGACUUCAAAAUGGUAUCUGAUACAAAUGCGGAACUUGUUAGAUUGGGCAAUCAAGUGGCGUUAUUGGAGGAGGAGAAAGGUAACCUUCAGCUGAGUCUGGUAGACUUUGACGAGCUUAAAGCCUCGGCAGGAGAUUGGCAAGAACGUGUUGCUGACCUGGAAAAUAAGGUUUCAUCUCAGACAAAAGAAAUACAGAUGCAUAUCGAUGCAAUCGCCACCUUGGAGAACCAAAAGUUAGAUCUAAUGCAAGAACUUCACACAGUGAAACAAGAAAUUUUGGCGUUAGAAGCUGAGAAUGCAGAGUCCGAAAAUCUCAGAGUGUCUGCAGAGAUGAAAGUUGUUGAGCUAGAGGAACAAUUGGAAGCUAUACACAAAGAACAUAGCGAAAAUAAACUCGAGUCUCUAUCCGAGUCUGAGUAUCAUGAACUUUUGAAAAAGGUCGAUGCUCUGAUACAUGAAAAUUCAGAAUUAUAUAGUAAAUUAAACAAAAUGGAAGAAAAAGGCACUUCGGAUACCGGUUCGACAGAAUCUUUUGAAGCCAUUCAAGUAAAUAAUAAAAAUGAUCUUUUGAAAAAGAUCGAAGAUUUAGAACAGAAAAAUAAUGAGUUGACGCUCAAGUUAACGAAGUUGGAGGAAAGAGAUGGCUCGCAUGCUGGUUCGACGGAGUCCUUCGAAACUAUAAACGAUACAGAUCGCAGCGAAUUGUUGAAGAAAAUUGAACAGUUGAUCCAGGAAAAUAAUGAUUUAACUAUGAAGUUGAACAGAUUUGAAGAGAAGGGAUCUGAUACGGGUUCCACGGAAUCUUUUGAGCGUAUUCCAGAACAUAACGACAACAUGACAAAGAUUGAACUACUUACUCAAGAGAAUAAUGAACUUGUUAUUAAACUUACGAAACUGGAAGAACAGUUAAGUCAAAUAGAAUGUAAUGUUCAGUUAAAUGCCCCUAAGAUUGAUAAUAGUUUAGAGACACUUAAAGAUGAUAGUAGCUUGCGAUUGCAAAUUGAGACAUUUACACAGGAACAUGACAAUUUAAUGGCAGAGAUUGCUAAAUUUAAGACGCAAGUAGAAGAUCUGACAGAAGAAAAUAACAGGUUGCAGGAUCGUAUAGAAACAUUGACAGCAGAGAAUACUGAAUUAGUUAUAAAUUGCACAAAAUUAGAGGAACAUCUCGAAGUACAAAUGUCUUCUCAAAUGUCAGUUCAGAUAAUAGAAUAUACUGAUCAAAUUAAAGUUUUAAUGGAUAGACAACAGGUCCUAGAAAAAGAGUUGACACAAUUGCGAGAAGCUUCGGUAGAGCAAUCAGUUAACAUAACAUCAUGCGAGACUGAUGACGCAAAAUCUAAGAUUGUGACAUUAGAGAAAGAAAAUGCACAGAUGAUAAUGACUAUUAGAAAACUCGAAGAACAUAUCAACAAUCAGAAAGAAGAAUUGAGCAAAUUUUCUAGAGAGAAAGAAGAGUUGAAUCUAAAACUGGAACAUAUGGCCUGUGAUGAUUUCUCUAGAGAAAGAGUAGAACUCAUUGAUAAAUUGGAGAAAUUGAAUCGGGAAAAGGAGAGUGUAGUUUAUGAGAGACAGGAGCUGCAUGAACAAAUUAAUUCUCUCUUGCAGAAAUCAUCUGAGGAAAUGUCAGAGAUACGAAAGACGGAAGAAGUUGCUCAGGAAUCCCAAAGUGUGAUUGUAGCAUCUUUGGAGAAAGAACUUGAGAAUAGCAAAGUAUUAAUUACAGAGUAUAAAAAUCAAAUAGAAGAGAUGAAUAUGAAACUACAGAGCAUGGAGGCAGAAUUGCAGAAAAAAGCCAAACAAUUACUAGAAUAUGAGGCAUCGAAUGAAAAAGUGGAGAGUUUGCAACGCGAGUUAAAUGACAUGUUUGCUACUGCAGAAGAAUGGAAAUUCAAGUAUGAUGAUAUGCAAGUAAAGAUGCAAGCCUUAGAGCAAGGAAAAAUCUCUAUAGAGGAAGCUUUUAAGAUAUUGGAAAAUAAUCAUAAAGAAUUGUUAGAAGUAAUAAGGGAGAAAGAUGCAGCAACUUCUACUCUACAAGAACAGUUUCAAGACACUAUAAACUCGCUCGAAAUGAGAUUACAAGAUGAAAUAGCAAAUGUAACUGCAAAAGAACAUGAAAUUACGGCCUUGAAAGCAGAAAUUGAAAAGAAAGACCAAGAAUUGCAAACCAAAUAUGCACAGUUGCAAAAUGGAAUGAUUUCUAUAGACAAUUUGCAAGAGGAAUUGUACAACUAUUCGCUUAAACUUAAAGAAAAUGAGGCUGCUCUAUCAUCAUCAUUAGGAGAGAUUGCAAGACUCAAUGACAUAAUAAAGCAGAAAGAAAAGGAUACUCAGUUUUUGAAAAAGAAUAUUAGCAAAAUUACUGAAGCAUUAGAAUUGACUAAAUCUUCAGAAGAAUUUAAUGAAAUAUUAGAAAGUUUGCGAAAUAAAGAAACAAACUAUAUUGAAUUACAAAAUAAGCACAAAGAAGUCUUAAGAGAAAACAGUGAGCUAUUGCAAAAGAUUGAAGAUAUAUCAAAGGAUUAUGAGAAUAUUAAAAAUGAAUUAAUUAAGAAGGAACAGGAAAUGAACAAUUUGCUUAUGGAUAAAAAAGAGUUAGUCGCACAAAUUGAAGAAAUCAAAAAAGACAAGAUUGAAACUGAAAAACGACUUUGGGAAUUACAAAAGAUUUUGGAGAAUCAAACUACAUAUGCUGAAAAUAUGCAAUCGGAGCUAACAAAUGAAUACAAGCAGAUGGAACGGCUUAAGAUCAAUCAUACAGAGGAAAUGAUGAUGCUAAGUACAAGAUUAGAAAAUGUUAUUGAAGAACUAGUCGAGAAAAUGCAGGAAAAUGAUGCUAUGAAAGCUAAGUUAGAAGAAAAGCAAGAGUUACUUGAUAAAAGUGUCACGGAAGAGAUGAAGACUGUCUUGGAGUGUAAAGUUGCGGAAUUGGAACAAAAGCUUUCAGAAUCGGAGAAUAAGUUUCAGAUGCAAUCUGAAAAAAUGAAAAAGAUUGUGGCAACUUUUAAUAAAAAGAAAAUAGCAUGCCAAGAACUUGAAGCACGCGUUGCGGAAUUGGAGGAGAAAUGGUCAACGGAAAAGGACGAGAAAGAGGUUAAAAACAAACAGAUACAGGAGGUGGAGAUUGCCAUGCGGGAAAAAGACAAUAAAAUAGCCGACUUGGAAGACAAAUUGCUGCAGACGAAGAACGAUAUUGCAGAGGCUCUUGCAAAUUCUGAAAAAUUUGCAAAAGAAUCAACCAGUUUGAAGGAAAGGAUGACAGUGUUGAUGGAACAUAACACGGAGAUGGGCGAGGAGAUUGAGAAGCAACGUACAGAGAUAGAACGCAUCUCUCUUGAAAUGACGGCAGAGAAAACAGCGAGAGAGAAUAUUAUUACAGAAUAUGAACUCUAUAAACAAACAGCGAGCAAGGAAGCUGAACAAAAACAGGCAAUUUUGGAUGAGAUAAAAGAAAAGGCACGAGAAUUGAGCGUACGUAUGCAAGUGAUGGAGACUGAAUACGUGGAUCAGCUUGCUACGAUAAAGAACUUGCAGGCGGAGAACGGUCUCUUGUUAUCCAAACAAACGCAGAUCGACGAGAAACUAGAAAAUACCGAGAAAGAGUCAGAAGAGCGUCGUGUGCUGAUCGAGCAGUUACAAAAAGAAAUUACGACUAUGACGGUAGCUGUGCAGACUCCGGAACAGGAUGUAAGAGAGGAUGACGUAGAGAGGAUCGCGCAACAUUGCGACCAUUCUGAGCAGUGUCAAAAUUUGGUACAAGCGUUGGAAGCACGUCUACAAGAACGUCAAGCGGAGAUUGAAAAUCUAAAUAAUGAGUUAGCUAAUUCAUAUGGCAAUAUCGUAUUACUUCAUGAUGAGUCUCAAAGAUACAAUGAUAUGAUGAUGCAAACUGCUCAGGAGCGUUUUAAUCAGUCACUUAUGGACCAAACGAAUACGUUACAACAAGAAAUUGAUGCCUUAAGAACGGAAAAAUCUAUAAGCGAACAGAAAGUGUCGAAAUUGGAAUCUAAGUUAGAAGAAUAUAAACGUAAGAACGAGAAAUGCAAAAUUGAAAUUCUAGAAACAGCUGAGUCUUCUGUCAUAGAGAGCCAGCAACAACAGAAGCAUGACGAUACUUUGCCAUUGUUUGAUUCUGCGAAAAUUCUUGAUACGACUAUUACUUUGGAUGCUGAUAAAAAAGAAAUAAAACGAUUACAAAGUUUAUUGAAUGAGAAAGAGAAUCAAUGUUCUGAGUACGUGAAAGAAAUCGAUCUUUUACUUAAAAAUAUAGAGGAAGGAAAGGUGCAUAUCCAAGACUUACAGAAUCAAUUUGAGAAUUCGCAAAGCGAAUUGAAGAAGAUAGAAUAUCUUCUUUCUGAAAAGAACGCAAAGCUGGAAUCAUUAAAUGUGGAACUGAACAAAGUGACUUUUCAAUUGAAUGAAUUCAAAGUGUUGCAGGAGCAGUAUCAUAUUACUGAAGCGGAAGUGGAAAGAUUACGGCAACUUGUGGCCGAGAAGAACAUGCAGAUAGAUUCAUUAAUCACAGAAUUAAAUAUCGUAAAUCAACAAAUGACUAUGCAGUCACAGCAAUAUGCGGAUUUAGAAAAUAAUCUGCGAACAGAGAUCUCACUUAAAGACAUGGAAAUCACUACAUUAAGAACAGAAUUGACUUCCACAAAAGAGACUGUGCAAACAUUAAUAAUAGAACAAGAUCAGCUAAACCACAUCUUGGAAUCUUACAAACUUCAGAUUGAUAAUCUGGUACCAGAAACGAAGACUGGCAAUGAUAAUGAUUCAACACAAGAGACAAGUCAACAACGUAACUUUCAGAUUGAACUGGAGAAUGCAUUACAAAAGAGGGAUCAGGCGGAAAUAUUUGUCGCGAAUCUCACACAAGUGUUAGAUGAUUCACAACAGAAUCUUCAGAAGUCGAGAAUACAUAAAGACAGUUUAAAGGAGUUUACUUCUAUGGAGGAAACGGUUGAACAAGAAUCAGCACAAAUUCUUACAUCUAUUGAAGAAUCUGUUAGUCAACAAGAAUCCGUACAAUCUGCACAAUCUCCUACUGAAAAAAGAAUACAACAAGAUACUCAAUUAGAUAUUGGUUUAGGUUGGGAUUAUGGCUCGUCUGAGCCGCUUAAUGUUGAUGAGGACUCUUGGGGUUGGAAUACGGAGGAUGUUCAAUUGGUUAAUGAUCUCAGUACGACACCAGUACAGAUGAAUGUCGAAACGCAAUUACAUCUGCAAAUAGAAGACUUGCAAGAUAGAAUAAAAAAUCUGGAAGAACAGAAUGCUAAGAUUGCCGAAGACAAUAAAGCAGCACAGAUAAAGAAUGGUAAAUUAGUGAAAAAGUUGAAGGAAUAUAAGGUACAGAUAGAGAACUUGCAACAACAAUUGAAGAUGCAGAAACAGGCUGGCAGCUUUUUUGAUCUGGAUACGGCAAUCGAAGAGGAAUUGAAAAUGCAGAUCGCCAAGUUGGAGAAAACUCUUAAUGAAAUUAAAGAGGAAAAGAAAAAUAUUAUUGCUGAGAAAGAGGCUUUACUGAAACGAUUUGACGUAAUCGUGUCGGCUAACGAAAGGUACAUGGAAAUGAAGGAGAGACAGGAUAUAGAAGUCGAGGUACUGCGUAUUCAGAAUAAGGAACUAAGCAAUAAAGUGCAAUCCUUAGAAUGGCGAUUACAAGAAAAUAUAACUGAUUUACAAGAUAUCAUCUCUUCUUCUUCGCGACAAGAAGAUCAGAUUGAUCCGUCAAGUCAUGAAGCCGAAUCUACAGCGCAUAACCAGCCUCAGAAAAGAUCAGUGGAAUCUAUUGACAACUUUGAAAAGAUGUCGAAAAAGUACAAGGAGGAAAUAGAUGAUUUGAAGGACGAAUUGGAAGCGCUUGCAGCAGAAAACGAACAAUUGCAGCACUUUUUAGAAGAACAAAAAGCGAUGAUGGCAAAUUUGGAACCGAAGAGUAUUGAUAAAUCUGAAGAACUCAUAGAGAAGUUAGAUGCGUUGAAUAACCAAAAUGUGUUACUCCAAAGCGCUUUAAACAAGAGCAAAGAAGAAUACGACAUGCUCAGGAAGCAGUACGAGCAAAGUCUAAUAGACGCGAAUGAUCAAGUGGCAGCAAUGCGACAAAACAGCGAUCUUCUUAAAACUGAAUUUAUGGAGAAAAUAGAUAGAUUAGAGACGGAAAUAAAUAAUUUACAGAAAGCUUUAGAAGAGAAGGAAGCCAAGAUCAAUGCUUUGAUGAAUUCAGAGGAAAAACUUUCGAUCGUCAAUACAUCUUUAACGGAAGUUACGGAAUUGCUUAACAUUAGAGUUCAGGAAGUUGCUGAUCUGAAGCAAGAGCUUCAAGUUCAAUAUGUAGAAAGACAACAAGCUGAAGCGACGUUACAAUCGAAUAUACAAAAUUUAACAAGAGAACUAGACGAGAGGAAACAAGAAUUGGCAGCUUUGAAGGAAGCAUUUGCCAACAAGGAACACGAAUUAAUACAGCAAAGGAGUGUAGAAACAAUGAGCGCUAUUAUUAGUGAAGCUACUCAAGAAUUAGUCCAGAAGCAUGCGAUAGAGAUCGAAGAAAAAGAUAAGGAAUUGCACGAUCUAAUGGAAAAGUUGAUUGCAAUGCAAACGACGGUUGAUGAGUACACCUUAAGGUUGCAAGAUAGCACGGCUAAAUUGGAGAUGCAACAACAACAAAUUGUAUAUUUGAAAGAGGAUCUAACAGAGCGAAAUUCAAUAAUUGGAGCUACUCAAGCUGAAGCAAAUUUGUUGAAUGAAAAAUUGCAAGAGAAACAACAAGAGUUAAUACAAUAUGAGGAAGAAAAAACCAAACUUGCGACAAAAAUAGAAGGGUACUUAGCGGACAUCCAACAUCUGCAGAGUCAAUUGAACGCCACAGAAAUAACCACAGUUAAUCUACAAGAGUGUAAUUCGCAUAUUCAUAGCUUGCAGCAAGAAAUUCAAGUUCUAAAAUCAGAGAAAGAAUCGAUCUUGCUGCAGUACGAUCAGGAGACGAAGGCGUAUCAGGCUCAUCUGGAAAACAAUAAAGAACAGAUUGAUGCUUUAAAGCAAGAUCUGCGAGAGAAGACCGAACAAUUGCAUUACGUAAGUACACAAUUAUGCGCCAAGGAGAAUGAUUUGGAAGGGAUUAAAGCAAUGAUGAAUGACAAAAAUUCUUUGCUGGAGAUCGUGAAUCAAGAAUUGAAUGACAAACGUGCCGAAUUGGAAAGAUUGCGCAAUGAGCGGUCACAGAAUUCUCAGACGAUCGACGCUCUCUCUGCUUUUAGAAUGGGCAGUGACGACGAUGCGGAGCUGCAAAGCACUGUAGACGAGUUAAAGGCACAGAUGGAAACUAAACAACAAGAAUUGCAACAUUUAAAGUACGUUUUGAGCGAGAAUACGUAUCCUACAAUCAUUCAGCAAAUGCAAGAUAGAAUUAAUUGUCUAUAUAACGAAAAAGUUACAUUGGAAGCUUCUUUGCGAGUAGUUAAGCAGACUUUAACGGAGAAACAGGAACAAGUAAAUGUUUUAACGCAGCGCAUUAACGAUCAGAAUCAGGACUAUAUUUCCAAGGAGGAAGUCAAUUCGCUUUCCAGAGACCGAAGAUCCGCGUACGAUCAAGAAGAAAUCGUUAGGUUGCAGAAUGAACUGCAUGUGAAAGAACAAGAAAUUAAUGAACUGAGAUAUGUUAUAGCUGAGAAAGACUCGCAAUUAUGUUUGCAAGCUAGUAUGGAGCCGCAAUCGGAUGAAUUUGAAUUACGCGAAACUAUGCAGAGAUUAACGGGAGAAUUAUAUGGCAAAGAGCAGGAAGUGCAAACGUUAAAGUCAACUAUCGUGGAGUUGCAAGAAAAAAUCUUGCAUCUUAAAGAUUUUGAAAGGCUUUCUGAGGAGAGCAGAAAUGCCAUCGAGAGGCUAACUUCAGAAAAAGAGCAGAUUCGUAUUGAGGCUGAAGAAUUCCUGAAUAACGAGUUGCGAAAGAAAGAAUCCGAGAUUGAUGAAAUCAAGCAGAAACUAUCAGAAGAAAAUCAAAAGUUAUUGGCAGAACUUCAGUUGAAGGAUAAUCAUAUCGAGAAUCUUAAGAUGCGCUUAGAAGAAUUGCAGGUAAUUGUGAAUGAUCAGAAUAAUAAGCUCGAACAGAAUGAGAAAGCAUUGAUGCAUGCAAUCGAUGAUCUGACGGAGAAGGAAAGAAGACUGGCCGAGUUGAGCAUCACCAAAGACGCUGAGUUUCAUAAUUUGAAAAUGCAGAUUCGCGAAAAGGAGACGCGUAUAGAAGAACUCUUGGCAUUAUCCGCUGAAGAGGAGAAACAAUUAGACGAGCUAAGGCAUAUAUUGGCGGUUAAAGAGACAGAGGUGAAUAGGCUGAAGGAAUUGUUAGACCAGAAGGUAUCAGAAUAUGAACUGAUACAGCACGCUUUAAAAAAAGACGUGUCCGUCAUCGAGGCUGCGGCAUCGAAGAGUUUGGAAACUGUUGGAAUAAUCGACAACAAGGAGACCAUCUCUAGUGAGUUGGACCUCGCAUUGUACAUGCUUCAUCAAAGAGACGUCAGAUGUGAAGAGUUGACUCAUGAACUGAUGCAAUUGCUUGAGGAGCGUGAUACAUUACAACUGCGAUUGUCUAAUGCAAUUCGAAUAAACGAAGAAUUGAGGAGGAUGGGCGGGAGUAGCGCUGAAGCGAGUCCAACGAAAGACUUAUCAUCGGCCUCACAAGCAGUGAUUGAACCCGUUGUAGAACAACUUUCACCUUCAAAGUCCGAAGGACCAAUUGAGAUUGCAAAGGAAGCCAUCGAUAUUCCGAUCGAGGACAAGGAAGCUCUUGCAUUGAAAUUGUCGCAGUUGCAUUCAGUCAGUCAUACGAAGGACGUGCGAUUAAAGGAUGAACGAGAGUUAAGGCAUACGCAACAAAUGUCUUUGUUAGCGCACAGGGACGUUUUAAGUACAUUGCCGCCUGAAGCAGCUGCAAGGCUGGUCAACGCUAAUUACACGCUCUCUCGAGAUGUUCAGAGUCAGUCGAGUGUGCUUUUGAAUUGGUUGUGGGGCAAGAGCACGCCGAAGGUGGUGCACAUGUGAUGAACGAAUAACGGGAGUCAAACGGCCAUCGUUUUUGCCUUCUGAAGACAUUCCUGCCAAGUGCCAACUGCCAAGACUUAUUUCUGCAGUUAACGUGUAACGGAGCGAUCUGUCGUGUGUAUUUUUCAGACAGAAAUUAUUUAAUUAUAUACUAAUGAUUAAGGAACUAUUUUGCGAAAGUAUUGCCUGAUUAUUAGGAAAUAAAUAUUUUUCAAAUUACAGAAUGUACAGAAUGUAGAGGUAGUUAGAUAGAGUUCUUUCUUGGAAAAGUUGCUCGUCUUCGAGAAAGAAAAGAAAAGAAUAUAAGGAGCAGACUUACAUGUAUUAUAAUAUUGUAUAGCUGAAUUGCAUAAAGAUAUAUGAUUCAAUUGAAAAUACUUUAGAUAAUAUAAUAUUUCUGCUUUUUUUUUAUUUGAUGACUACAUUAUUUAUAGCAAUGUAUAUGCAAUACGAUAUAUGCGUCAAAAUUAUUGUAAUUCUUUUCUUUCGUUUUGAGUGUGUGCAUUUCUAUCGAAAAGUUGCCGUUUCAUUUUGUCAGUUUUUUUUUGUUAAUAUUUAAUAAUUAUAUAUAUUAUUUUUCUUUGUGAAUUAUCUACAAUUGUGUCUUCCGGCUUAUUGAUGCAAUUAUAAUACUAUUAUUAGUCAUAUCGAAGGGAAGUUACGUAAGGUGAAUCAUAGAUAAUGCAGACGUAAUUCGUGUAAAUUAUUUGAUCAUUCUAUUUCCAUAAAAUUUUGUACAGAGAAAGAAAAGUGUCAAUGAAUAAAUAAAAUAUGAGAGAGAAACUA